AUGUUGUUGCCAUAUCAGUGCACAGAAACGAUGUUCGCGAGUAAUUUGAUCGGUUUCGUCUUGGCCAUCGUCUCCAGCGCUUUCAUCGGCUCCAGCUUCAUCAUCAAGAAAAAAGGCCUCCAACGUGCCACUCUCAACGGCUCACGAGCCAGUGGGGGAGGCUACGGUUACCUGCUACAACCUCUAUGGUGGCUCGGAAUGGUUACCAUGAUUGUAGGAGAGCUUGCGAACUUUGUGGCAUACGUGUAUGCCCCUGCUGUACUUGUCACACCGCUUGGUGCUUUGAGUAUUAUUGUUAGUGCUGUCUUGGCGCAUUGCAUGUUGAACGAGAAGCUGCAGAAAAUGGGCAUGCUUGGAUGUCUUCUGUGCAUUGUGGGGUCCACUGAGAUUGUGCUCCAUGCGCCUCAAGAGAAGUCCCUUAGUUCUGUAGAUGAAAUAUGGCAGUUGGCACUUCAACCAGCAUUCUUGUUGUACACAGCCUCGGUGAUCGCAGUUGCGUUCUUUUUUAUUUUGUAUUGUGCUCCCCGCUAUGGCCAGACUAAUAUUUUGGUUUAUAUUGGAAUAUGCUCCAUGAUUGGAUCCUUAACUGUCAUGAGCAUAAAAGCUGUUGGCAUUGCUAUAAGACUUACGAUUGAGGGUGCAGACCAGUUUGUUCAGUUUCAAACAUGGAUUUUUACGAUGGUCGCUAUUUCCUGCAUCGUUACUCAGUUAAAUUAUCUUAAUAUGGCAUUGGAUACUUUUAACACCGCAGUUGUUUCUCCGAUCUACUAUGCCUUGUUCACAUCUUUUACAAUAUUAGCUAGUGCAAUCAUGUUUAAGGACUAUUCAGGUCAAAGUGUAAGCAGUAUUGCAUCAGAGCUAUGUGGUUUCAUUACUGUUUUAUCUGGAACGACUGUAUUACACAGCACAAGAGAGCCAGAUCCUUCAGUUAAUACAGAUAUAUAUAGUCCCGUGUCUCCGAAAGCAUCGUGGUAUUUCCAAGGCAAUAGCGACCCUUGGAAACAGAAGGAGGAAGAUGAAUCACCCUUUAAUUUAAUUACAGUUAUCCGGCAAGAUCAUUUCAAGUAA